AUUGUCCGGUAGUGCACCAAACAUGGCGGCCCCCAUCAGGACGUUGUGCUGCUCAGUAUUGAGACACUCCAGAAGACAGUUUAGCACAACAUGUACAGUACAAGCCGGAGAAAAAUGGAGGAAAGAACAUGGCCUUUCCCGUAGUGGAUCAGAAUAUGGACCUCUGACAGAUCUACCAGACUGGUCUUUUGCAGAUGGAAGACCAGCUCCUCCACUAAAAGGUCAACUGAGAAGAAAGCGAGAGCAGGAAGCUUUAGCUAGACGCAUUGUGAUGCUCAGCUCAGAGGUGGACAGAGGAAUCGAGACCUGGAAAGAAAAACAGGAAGAGGCCAGAAGAAAGGAGGAGCAUAAAAAGUCUCUUUUACUGAAGCCAAAAGGAAAGCUGUUAAUGAAGUAACCAACCCAGAGUUAAUGGAUCAGUGGAAUCAUGUGAUGAUAGUCCGUCUGGUGGAUGGAUUUAACAGGACAUACGGACUUACUCCUGCAAAUCAGUUUGUGUUUUUCACUGUUAAUUAAUUCCUGCAAUAAAUAUUUCUGUUUAUACUUAACAUAUGAAGGUUAUGUGAUUCAUGUGUUGAUUUAGAAAUAUAGAAA